UUUUUUUAUAUUAUAGUUAAUAAAUUAUUAAUGAAUAUAUAUAACAUAAUUAAUUAAUAAAUAAGUUGUUUAAAAGUGUUUAACUUUGGUUAGUAUCUUGGUGUCUUUAAUUUAGUUUUAAUGUCUUUUAAUGUAGUAAAUCUUUUAUUUAGUAAAGCUAUAAAUAUAUUUGUAAACUAUUACCAAAAAUAUGGAAGAAAAGAACUCACAUAAGGUUUCCAUCAAGUUACGAGAUCUGAAUCCUUAUUUGGUUUGUAUGCUUUGUGCUGGAUAUUUUGUAGAUGCCACAACUAUUAUAGAAUGCUUGCAUACAUUUUGCAAAAGUUGCAUAGUUCGACAUCUUCAAUCCAGUAAACGAUGUCCUACUUGUAAUAUUCAAAUUCACGAGACUGAACCCAUGUCUAAACUUAUGCUUGACCGAACCAUGCAAGAUAUCAUUCAAAAGUUGAUACCAUGGGUUUUUAUUGAUGAAAGUCGUCGUGCACAAGACUUUGAAUGUAAAUUAAACAAGCAAGUUGUGACAGAUAUACCUAAAAAUGAUUUUCAAAAACUUGAGUUGGUAGAACUAAAGAAUAGUUAUUUAAGCGAUGAACAGAUCAAUUUGUGUUUAUGUUUGGAAAGAUGUCCGGAUUUUUUCGCUCAAAUGAAAUUGGAGGAAAUCGAACAUAAAUACGUGCGCUGUUCAUUCCGAUCGCAUAUACACCAUAUUCGCCAUUUAUUGAGUAAACUAUACGACAUUUCUCUCAAAGACUACAAGAUUCAAAUCUCGUGUGAUGGAAAAAUAUUAUCUGAUUUAAAUAAUCUGAAAUUGAUAUAUUUUGUACAUUGGAAAUGCAAGUCUCAACCAAUGGUCUUAACUUAUACUAUAGAAGAAAAAGAAGAAAACAUCGUCGCUAAUAUUGUAGAAAGAUUGCUUCAAUACGUCAUAUGUAAUAGAUUCGAAAUAAUUUGUUAAGAUAAAGUUAUAACUGUUUUUA